AUGUACUGUAUUACAAUUGAAAGAAGAUUGCUUUGCAAACUAACGAGUAGUAGAGUUCGGGCGACACAUCAUUAUUCCAAGUUUUCGUUGAGAGAAAGAGAGAAAGAACACGUUAGUCAUGAUCUUUUAUCACAACCCACAAACCCCGUAAGAUCAAGAUUUGCACCUUCGCCUACAGGAUUUUUACAUCUUGGUUCUUUGAGAACAGCUUUAUAUAAUUAUUUAAUUGCUCGUUCUACACACGGGCAAUUCAUUCUUCGGUUAGAGGAUACCGAUCAGAAAAGAUUGGUUGAAGGCGCCGAGGAAAACAUCUACCAUACUCUCGAAUGGUUAGGGUUGUCGGUUGAUGAAGGUCCUCAAAAUUGUGGUACAUAUGCACCCUAUAAGCAGAGCGAAAGAACGGCAAUUUAUUCAAAGUACAUUAAAAAGCUUUUGGAUAAAGGACUCGCUUACAGAUGCUUUUGUACCAAAGACCGUUUGACGCAGUUGAGAGAUUCCGCGAGACUUCUUAAGCCGCCCACUACUGCGUCCUAUGAUAGAUAUUGCUUGAAGCAUUAUUCAAAAGAAGAGUCUGAUGAAAAGGCAUCUGCUGGAGAACAUUUUACCGUGAGAUUUGUUUCCCCUCAUAAAUAUCCGACAUUUCUUGAUCUGCUCCAUGGUAAGAUAGAUCAACAAAUUCAGAUAAAUCCAUUGGAUGUUCGAUAUGAGGAUCCGGUGUUAUUAAAAAGUGAUGGUUUGCCAACAUAUCAUUUUGCGAAUGUAAUUGAUGAUCAUUUGAUGAAGAUUACGCACGUUAUACGUGGUGAAGAAUGGCUAGCCUCGACCCCUAAGCAUGUUGCAUUGUAUGAUGCCUUUGGAUGGAAUCCUCCAAAGUUUAUCCAUAUUCCGUUGUUAACAACUGUUGAUAACAGAAAACUCUCCAAACGCUCUGGAGAUAUUGAUAUCAUGUCUUUAAAAUCUAAGGGCUUUCUACCUGAAGCUUUGAUUAAUUUUAGUGUUCUUUUUGGUUGGUCACCGAGAAGAGAGUAUGGAAAGAAGUCGAGUGAAAUUUACAGCUUAAAAGAAUUGGAAAAAAUAUUUACUCUUGAAGGAUUGACUAAGGGGAAUGCGAAGGUUGAUUUCAAAAAACUUGAUUUCUUCAAUAAGCAUUAUCUUGGAGUAAAGUUAAGUGAUCGUACUUCUGAUUUUUAUAACAACAAUCUUGAUGAUAUUUAUCGAAAAUUGAAGACGACGCUUAAAAUGGACAGUUUAGAUUAUCAUCUUGUCGAUCGUGUUCUCCAGUCAGUUGGUACAGCUUUAAGCAAUAUUAAUGAGUUGAACACGGAGAAGUACUGGUACUUUUUUGUGAGACCAGAAUAUACACUAGUCACGUUGUUGCAGCAUACAAUUCAAGAUAAAGAUACGGUUAAAGUAAUUGUGAAUGAGCUCAAUGAGAGGGCAGCUGGUUUAAUUCCUGAGAAGCUGAGCGAUACAAUUAAAGCAAUUGCGAAAUCGCAUUCAGGCCUGAAAAGAAAAACUGUCUAUCAAACUCUUAGAUAUGCUCUAAGUGGCCCACAAUCAGGUAUCAGUAUGCACACUAUUAUCGAUAUUCUUGGACUAUAUGAAGUCAAACAGAGAUUACAAAAUUUGGCAGAUUUUGUUAGUUGA